GUCGUCGUUGCAACCAAACUUCCUCCAAAUCCAUUUGGGGCCUCUCUCUUUCAAUUAAGAGUUGACUGAAAGAAAGACCUCUGUCGAAAAUACAAGUUGGAGGGAGAGCAGAGAUGGGGGAUUUGUACGCUUUGGAUUUCGAUGGAGUUCUGUGCGAUAGCUGCGGAGAGAGCUACGCCUCUGCUGCCAAGGCUGCUAAAGUGAGAUGGCCAAACCUAUUCAGUGAUGUGGAUUCAAGUUUGAAGGAUUGGAUGGUUGAACAGAUCGGCAUCGUGAGACCUGUGCUGCAAUCUCGGCAUGAGAAUCUGAUACUUGUGAGGCUACUUCUGGAGAUGAGGGUUCCUUCUAUAAGGGAGUCAUCAGUUGCGGAAGGGCUCACAGUGGAGGGGAUAGUGGAGAAUUGGUCAGAGUUGAAGAGUCUGGUUCUGAAGGAAUGGGGUGAGGAUAAGGAUGCUCUUAUAAAUGUGUUUGGAAAGGUCAGGGAUGAGUGGAAGGACCAGGACCUGGAAACUUGGACUGGUGCAAAUAGAUUGUAUCCAGGUGUUGCUGAUGCUCUUACAUCGGCAACCUCAACCAUUUACAUUGUCACUGGGAAACAGAGCCGAUUUGCCGAGGUAAUACUGGAAAAACUUGCAGAAGUUACACUACCACUUGGAAGAAUAUUUGGAGAUGGAUCUCGUUCCAGCCGCAAGAUAGAAGUACUGAAGCAGCUUCAAGAGAAACCAGAACAUCAAGGGCUGAAGCUGCACUUUGUGGAGGAUAGACUAGCAACCCUGAAGAAAGUUAUUGAAGUACCCGAAUUGGAUGGUUGGAAUUUGUAUCUGGGCGGUUGGGGGUACAAUACACAGAAAGAGAGAGACGAAGCUGCUAAAAUUCCCAGGAUUCAGAUUCUUCAGCUUUCGGACUUCAGUAACAAGCUGAAGUAGCUUCUGUGUAACUUUUACCACUCAAGUUUACUCUUCAUUUGAGGGAUGCUGUGAUUCAUGUCUAGUGCAAAUUACAGUAUAUUUGUAUCUUUUUUGAAUUUUAGAUUCAGAAUUAUAUUUAUUACAUCUGUUUGAAACUGUUGCAAUUUCAGUCCAUGUAAAUAAAAGAGCUUCAUUAUUACUGAA